AUGGGGAGACAAAUGCAAAAAGGAAGAAAGUGUUUCUUUGAAGAAGAAUCCCUUCCUCGCCAGUUGCCAGCUUCUCUCAUUUGCCGCCAAGAAUAUAUAUUUUUUUGUUGCUUUGGAGAGGUAAUUUAAACAAGUUUGGGGAGAUAAUGUCUUCCAUCAAGCUUCCAAUUCCUGGAUGCCUCUUCGACCACAAGCUUUGAUCAGAAUCCGCUAUCUUGUCUGCUUCUUCCCCUCUGAUCGGCUCUGCAUUCCCGCUCCAAGAAAUCUCCUUAAGCUUCUUUGUCCCGCCAUGUGAAACCCUAACCCUGUUUUGGCUAGCUGAGCUCCCCACAUGGCUAGAUUCCAGUUCCACCUGGGCUUACUCUCAUCCUCUCCGCUUUCCCAGCGGGCUUCCGUCGAGGAGGCAGAGGACGAAGUGGUUGAGAGCGAGUGUGGCAAGCAUGUCAUCUUGUCUCCGCUGAUCGCGCCGGCGGUGGAGGAGAGCGGAAGGGACGGGAGGGAGGGACGGGUUCAGCAGUUCUCCGCACUGGCGACUGUGGCGGCAGCGCUGCGGAAGUCUUUAGUGAUGUGCAGCCUCGGUGCCGGAGAAGAAGGUGCUGGAGCUUCCAUGGACAUCGGCUGGCCGACUGAUGUUCAGCACGUCGCCCAUGUCACGUUCGAUAGGUUCGAUGGGUUUCUUGGUUUGCCGAUGGAGUUUCAGCCCGAUAUCCCCAGUAAAGUUCCAAGCGCCAGUGUCAGUGUAUUUGGAGUUUCUGCUGAAUCUAUGCAAUGUUCCCAUGACAGUAGAGGUAACAGUGUGCCAACUAUUUUGCUCUCCAUGCAAAGACACCUGUAUUCACAAGGUGGCCUUAAGGCAGAAGGGGUCUUCAGAAUUAAUGCAGAGAAUGGGCAAGAAAUGUUUGUCAGAGAGCAACUAAACAAGGGUGUUGUUCCACAUGGCAUUGAUGUGCACUGUCUAGCUGGUCUGAUUAAGGCUUGGUUUAGAGAACUACCCAGUGGAGUUCUUGACUCUCUUACACCAGAACAGGUGAUGCAUUGCAACACAGAGGAAGAUUGCUAUCAACUUGUAAAGGUGCUGCCACCCACAGAAGCUGCUUUGCUUGACUGGGCCAUUAAUUUGAUGGCAGAUAUUGUGGAGCACGAACACUACAAUAAGAUGAACGCUAGAAAUAUAGCCUUGGUUUUUGCUCCCAACAUGACUCAGAUGGCUGAUCCUUUGACCGCAUUGAUACAUGCGGUUCAAGUUAUGAACUUUCUCAAGACACUAAUCAUAAAAACUCUCCGUGAAAGAACAGAGGCCAAGCAACUGCGUUGCUGUGAUUUCUCUAAAGUUGCAGAGAAUACCUUCAUGGAUGUUGAUGGAGUAACUUCUAGCUUUGGUGCCUCCAACGUCAACUCUUUUGGCAACUUACUCAGCAUAGAAGAUGGUUCAGACAGUGAUGCCAAUGAGAGUUUCAGGAGCUUUGAAAGGAGAAGUGAAGUUGAAGACGCCGAAUUCAUUUCUAUAAGGUGUUCUCCCACUAUAAGCGAUUUAGAUGUUAUGAAAAAUGGAUCUAAGUGCAGAAAUGCUAAUGGCGAUGCAGAAGGUUUAUUGAAUAGAUUUAAUCUUAGAAAGCUUUACAGUCAUCCCGUGUUCCAGUUGAGUAGAUCCAGUAACAAAGGCUGGACAAAUUGAAGUUGCUUCUGGUGAAGUAAAAGUAGCUGGGGCAUAAUAAUAUUUCAAUAGCCCUUAAUCGAGUCGAGUUAUUACGUCCGGUCACCAGACGUCCGGACAUCCAAUCCAGAUGCGUCGCGUCAUCCAAAUACAUUGGGACCCAAUGUAUUUUGGUGACGUGGCGCGUCUGGAUUGAUGUCCGGAUGAAUCCGGACACCGGACGUAAUAAUUUGCCCUUAAUCGAAGCUGACUUUGUUCUCUGAUCAAGCUUAUAACCCAAUAUUUUUGGAUUUGUUUUUGGAGCGUAUUGUAGAUAAUUUGCUCUACUUCACGACUGUAUUUAGUGAGAGUGUUGAGUAUUAUAGUAGCUAAAAAAAAGGGGGGAAAUUUGAUUGUAUAGUGUUCAUGUUCAAAUUUGCUGACGGUUCAUUUAGGGCUUAUGCGAUUAUUAGAAGAAAGUCGUGAAAUAAUUCUGUGUGUCAGAUAUUGUAUUUCUUUGUUCAAUGUUUCUUUUUCAAAUUAUAUAUCUACCAGUUUAUUA